GUUCAAGCAAUUUUCGAUUAAUCAAGUAAAUUUUUGCUCGAGUAAGUAAAUAAAUUUUUUUUCUUGCUUGAGUUUGUUUGAACAAAAAUCAAACAAUUUCAAACAAUAUUUUCAUUGUUUGUUUGGUUUUGUUCAAACAAUAAAAAAAAAAACUAAAAAGAUUCCAAGUUUUCAAGGAAAUGAUGACUAGCGCAACAUGUUUCUCAGUGACAGUAACCAGUCAAUCAGGAUUCACCGAUUCAGUCAGUCAGUCAGCGUUUCAGUAGACUUUCAGUUUUCAGAAUUCAGACUCUGCUGUUCGACAGUUCAUGUCUACUGUGUAUGUGAAAAGUUGGAAAUCGCAAGGAGUUUUACGUGCAAGUGUUGUGCCACAACUCAUUAAUACCAUAGUAGUCCCAUUCUGCCCCAUAAUAUUCGUUCUCUGAGUAUAUGCAAGGCUAUAAAAGUUGAACAACACUCGUUCCAUUUGGAAGAAAUUCUGACUGGAAUAAUAUUAUUCCUAUCAUUCCUAUACUAUCUACAGAAGCUAGUUAAACUCAAACAAGAAAGCGAGCAAGACUCCAGUUGCCUUCUGAACAAAUAACUCUGGGAUCUGGAUGGAAUACUAUUGUCUCCUAAGUAAAGCCCUUAUAUUCAUCAGUUUAACUAAACUAUAGGUGUCAUUAUGGAUGAUGAUGAGUUUCAGUGGCCUGAUGAAGCUCCAGAGGUAAUGAUUGCUGCUGAUGAAGUUGAGACUGGGGCCUCUAAUGAUGAGAAUUUCGUCACUGACUCUAAUGGCGAAAAGGCUGAUUCCAACCAUCAACAGCCACCACUAGCAGCAACGGCCAAGAACACGGCAAUUAAACAAAAAUCAUGGGUAUGGGACUUUUUUACGAUCGAAAUCGAUCAAAAAGAUAAGAAGGAGAAAGCUAGGUGCUUACUCUGCAAAACGAAAUCAAAAUUUUUAGUGAUGUCAGCCACCACAAGUCUAUCCUACCAUCUCACCCACGCUCACAAAAAAACGUGUCCCGAAGAUCCGUCCACUUCUUCCUCGCCAAAUGUAGCACCAAACACCAUGGCUAAAUUCACGAGGACUCUGUCCAAAGAAAAGAUUGCCUUAAUAACAAGAGCAAUUACUAAUUUCAUGGCUUGGGACUUGUAUCCCAUGAAUUUAGCCAUGGGUCGAGGAUUCAGAUCCCUGAUGAAGCUUCUUGAGCCUCGCUACACCAUUCCCCAUCGUACAACGUUUAUAAGGACGCACAUUCCCGUCGCAUAUCAAGAAAUGCGAGCCCAAGUCGCGGCUAAGUUGAAAAAUGCCAUCAGGGUCUGUCUUACAACGGAUAUGUGGACGGAUGAUUACAGACAUUGCUCCUAUAUGGCAGUAACGGCCCAUUUUGUUAGCGAUGAGUGGAUUUUUGAAUCUUUUUGUCUGUCCACUAAACUGUUCACCGAAAAGCAAACGGCUGCCAACCUUGCUGAAGCUUUAUCAAGCGUAGCUACAGAGUGGGACCUUAAGUUCAACAAAUUUGUUGUUGUAACUGAUGGGGGAGCCAAUAUUUAAAAAGCCGUCAAUGAUUUGGGUUGGAUACAGAUACCUUGGUUUGCUCAUUUGCUUAAUUUAUGCAUCGCGAAAUACGGGUUCUUAAAUGUUACGGUCCUAAAUCAUGUAAUUAAAAAGUCAAGUUCCAUCGUUCACUUUUUCCAUUUCCAUGGUCCUGCAAUCAUUGCAAAACAAAAAGAGCUCGCAAGAUUCUAUGAUUCAAUGGUAGAAUCAGAAGACCAUGACUAUUCCGAGCCAAUUUCAAGUGAUGAAAUAUCGCAGAAUUCAUUGAAAAAGGAACAGGCUACACGUUGGAAUUCAACUUUGACUAGCAUUGAAUCUGUCUUAGAAAACCGGGUAGUCAUUAGAGAACUUCUGUCAUCUGAACAAUUUGAUUCCCCUCACCUGAUACUGACAAACGAUGAAAUGUCUUUGCUAAAGAAACUUGCUGAAUUCUUAAAGCCUUUCCGUUGCCAAACAGAUGCCUUGCAAGGUGAUAGAUAUCCUACCAUAUCUUUGAUUUCACCUGCGAUCCAAGUUCUUUUAAGGCAGUGUGACGUAGAAGCACCCCAGGAAUCUUCGUGUUUGCCCUCGGACUGGGAAAUUUCCAUGACGCAACUGAAAAUUAAUGUUAAAACAGCUAUGCUGCAACGUUUCCCGUCUGAUUUGGAUGGCUCAGUACUCAACCCCAUCUUUCGCCUUGCGACUACUUUGGACAUCAGAUUUAAGACCAACAAAUCUAGUUUCAAAACCGUCGUGGACUUCGUGGAUGCGAUAAAUUAUUAUGAUCGAAAGUUGGGUCCUCUUCCUCCGUCGGAGCCGUCAGCUGCAAGUUCGACACCAACAGAAAACUCAAUGCGGACAGCAAAUACGACAGCGCCAUCAUCAUCUAGCAAAAAAAUCAAAAUAUCGGCUUUGUACGGCAUCGUCUUGGAUGCGGAACCUGCUACAAAUGGAACCCGAGAAGAGCUUCUGAAGGCUGAAAUGCAAAACUUCCUCGCCAUUCCAAGAUUAUCUGCCGAUGAAAUGGACGAGCUAGAUAUCUUGUCUUGGUGGAAGGGGCGUCAAUACGAUUUUCCGCUUCUUGCAAUAUACGCCAGACAAAUAUUAGGGAUAGUUGCUACCUCGGCAUCGUCUGAAAGAGUCUUUAGUACCGGAGGAAAUGUUGUCACUCAACAACGCCAGCGUUUGGAUCCACAAAAUGUGGACAAAUUAAUCUUUCUCAGUGCAAAUUCUGCCGCCAAAAAACAGUAAACACCUGUGAAUUCUAAUCAAAAAUCAAUGUUAACUGUGAUUACUGUUACUAUUAUUCUAAGUCUUUGACAUCCAGUCAAUAAGGAAAUCAAAUGUUUUCGAACCUGUAACGUUUAAAAAAGAAAGUCAAACCUUUUGUUUAAUUGUUUCUUGAAUCUCUGUUGUUAUCCAAGAAAAUGUAACCGUUUUUUUUAAAAUUUGAGCGUUGUCUGCGUUGCCGAAAUUUUUUUGAAGGGUUUUUGUUCAAACAAUAAACUUUGCUCAAACAAACUGUAUUGUUCAAACAAUUUUAUUUGUUUAUGAACAAUUUUGGACGAGAACAUUGUUUGGCAAAUUGUUCAAAUAAUUCUCAAUUAAUCGAGCAAACAAACAAAAAUUGGCAAUUGUUUUUGUUUGCUUGAGCAAGAAAAUCUUUGCUCGCGCACAUCUCUGGCCUUAGCGUCGUUGGUGAAUUUGGAAAUUUUGGGCUUUUGGCUAUAGAGUCAUGAGGUUUUUGUUUGAUUGUUUCUUUGUGUUAGCCUCAGGUUUGUUAUGAAGGUAACGAACAAGUAGCCUUUGGAUCUCGUACUGUUGGUUGCUGUGGAUUUCGAGGUUGAGACCCAGUAGCUCAAGAGUGGAGCAUUUCAGCAGGACAUGCAUUGUGGUUUCAUUCUCCUCUUCACAGUUUCUGCACGUUGGGUGGAUAUGGUUAUUGAAACAGGCCAGGUUUGCUUUGAGCCUGUUCUUAGCCUGAAAAGUACCCUGGAGAUGUAUCUGGAUUUGUGUGCGUGCCAUUUAAGUGGGCCAGUUCUGUUCCUCCUCUUAUGCCCUGAAGAUGGAGCUUUGUUCUGUGGCAGAUAGUUGGUUAUUGAUGAGUCUGCCGAUGUCUUGUCUUGAGCUUUCUUCUGAUGCUAGCUUAUCUGCCUUUUCGUUUCCUGCUAUUCCAAUAUGGCUUGGCACCCAGUAGAGAUUGACUUUGGGUUUUCAAUGGUUUGGAGGACUGAUCUGGAGUCUGUGAUUAUGCUCAGGUUUACCACACUUUAAUGUUUGCCUUAACAACAUGCACUACCAAGGCAUUGGAGUACCAUGAGUACCAUAUGACUAAACUGACACAACUACUUGUGUUCAUUCACCUAUUUUACUGGAGCUUUGAAAUACCACUCUACCCCAUCAUAGCUUGAGCCUAUCAACUACACGACAACUUACGCUCUAACUUACUACACUGAAGCUCUUAAAUACUAUUCAGCCACAUUCUA